ACUCGAAGAAAGAAAAGAUGGAGAAAUGAGCCAGAUGAAGAUAAUCACUCAAGUGAUAACUUUGAUUAUGAGUUUGAUAUUAAUGAAGACGAUGACCAAAUCAUAAGCAAAGGCUUAUGGAGACAAGUAAAGCUUGGAUAG